CGGAAGUAUUAAAUCUGUUUCCGGCGGAUGAUCGCCUCUACUUGUUGUGUCUAUGCUAGAAAGCUAAUUCAUUUUCUUCCUAAUGGCAAACAGAACAGUUAAAGAUGCCAACAGUAUACACGGGACUAACCCGCAGUAUCUGGUGGAGAAAAUCAUCCGAACUCGAAUCUACGAGUCUAAAUACUGGAAGGAGGAGUGCUUCGGUCUGACCGCUGAGCUGGUUGUUGACAAAGCCAUGGAGCUGAAGUACGUUGGAGGAGUUUACGGCGGGAACAUCAAGCCCACUCCCUUCCUCUGCCUCACGCUGAAGAUGCUGCAGAUUCAACCAGAGAAAGACAUCAUCGUCGAGUUCAUUAAAAAUGAGGAUUUUAAAUAUGUUCGUUUGCUCGGAGCGAUGUACAUGAGACUAACUGGCACUGCAGUGGAUUGUUACAAAUACCUGGAGCCUCUGUACAACGACUACAGAAAGAUCAAGAGUCAGAACAGAAACGGAGAGUUUGAGUUGAUGCAUGUGGACGAGUUCAUCGACGAGCUCCUUCAUGCAGAGAGGAUGUGUGACAUCAUUCUGCCCCGGCUCCAGAAGAGACAAGUCCUGGAGGAGGCUGAGAUGCUGGACCCACGUAUCAGUGCUUUGGAGGAAGACCUGGAUGAAGUGGAGAGCAGUGAAGAAGAAGACGAGGAAGAGGAGAAGCCAGAGAGACUUCAGACCCCUGAACCCCACAGACGCAGUUACCGUGACAACGACAGACCUCGCCGCUCUCCGUCACCUCGUUACAGACGCAGCCGCUCACCCAGACGGAGGAGCAGGUCUCCAAAGAGGCGAAGCCCGUCGCCGAGGAGAGACCGCCAUCGCAGCAAGAGCCCCCGCAGACACCGCAGCCGGUCCAGAGACAGACGCCACCGCUCCAAAUCCCCAGGUCACCACAGGAGCCACAGACAUCGCAGCCACUCCAAAUCUCCAGAGAGAAGUUCAAAAAAGAGUCACAAGAAAAGUCGAAGAGGAAACGAGUGAUCUCCCUUUACUUUUAUAUCCUUUGCUUUUUUUAAUCUCCAAACUCUGAACUCUUGCCUCUAAAUCUUGUAUGAUUUUGUUUAGUUUUUUAUGUUUCAUCUUUUUAAACGGCAAGUAAUUUGAAGUUUAGAUGUUGGACCACUGACCUCCUCAGGUCUAAUCUUAUGGACAUUGUUGAAAACUGUUGGACAUGUGUAAAUAUAGAAAAUGUGUUUCUUGUAAACGUUUUCUGUACGUUAAGAAUGUAAGAAUGAGUUUCACUCUUACCUGACGUUACCUGUCAUUGAAAUAAAGAUCCUGAUUUGUUA